AUGGCCCUCACCCUCAGAAACGACGCCAUCGACGUCCGCGGCCGUAUUAUGAAGACCGGUGCCGGAGUCAAGUCCUCCAUCACCCACCAGCAGCCUUUGGACCCCGUCAAGUCUCACGGCUCAUCGUCUCUCUCCGACAAGAUCCCCGCCGAGCCUGCCCCCUCCUCGACUCACGUCAUGAACUGCGAUGUCAACACCGACCACCUGAAGCAGGUCAAGGACAAGUAUGGCCUCGACAACAAGAUCCACUACUUCAAGCGCUACGUCAAGUUCACCCGCAAGAACAUCAUUCGCAAGGCCUACACCGUCCUCGACCAGGAAUUCUUGCCCAAGAAGUUCAAGACGGUUGAUGUCACCAAGUCCUACGCCCCCGAGGAGUGCCACGCUCCUCUCGAGCUCCCCGUCCCUCAAUCCCCUUACCCUGCCACUGUCAACGCCUCUGACUUUAUGUUCGCUGUUUCCACCACCUACAAGCGUUUCAACGACCCCAAGACGAGCCCGAUCAAGGAGUGGUCUCACUGGCUUACCGACAGCAACGGCAAGUCCAACGGUGGAAAGCUUCUGCUCCUCCUCCUGGACGCCAGUGACGCCGAGCUCAAGGAUGCCAGCGACAGGCUCAAGCGUGUCGGCAUUGACGUGGAUGUGGCCCACUCUGACCCUUCCAUGGAGAUGGCCGUUCGCUACCUGACUCUGGUUCCCUACCUGUACAACCACCCCGACCGCAAGUCGAAGAAGUGGUUGGUCACCUGCGACGACGAUACCUACUUCCCCAGCAUGCACGGUCUCAUCGACAAGUUCGCUACUUUCGAUCACCUUGACCCUCUGUACGUUGGAACCCUUUCUGAGGAUGUCAACGCUAUCCACCGCCACGGUUCCCAGGCUUUCGGCGGUGCUGGUGUCUUCCUCAGCGUUCCCCUGGCUGCCGCCAUCAACCAGCUGUACGAGUCUUGCAAGACCCCCCAGAAGGUCAAGGAAGCCAACUCCGGCUGGGGUCCCCAGGGCGACAUUCUCCUCCGCAAGUGCAUCUACGAAAACACCGAGGUCCGCCUCACCAACAUCUGGGAUCUGUGGCAGCUCGACCUGUACGGCGACCCGGCCGGUUUCUACGAGAGUGGCAUCAAGCCCUUGAGCUUGCACCACUACAAGGGCGGCGGCUGGCACUUUGCCAAGCCCUUCCAGACCACCAAGGUUUCUCACGCCUGUGGCGAGGACUGCCCGUACCAGCGAUUUAUCACGUCGGACGACUUCAUCAUCGCCAACGGCUUCAGCGUUGCCCACUACCCGCAAGGCAUCGACUUCAACCUCGACCAGAUGGAGCGCACCUUUACCCCCGCCCCCGAUGAUAUUGGCUGGAACUUGGACUACAUGUUCGGCCCCCAGCGCAGAUCUCUGCACAAGACUGGUCGCAAGAUUGCCUGGGAGCUCCAGGAGGCUCACGUCCAGGAGGACGGUUCCGUACUCCAGAUCUACACCCGCAGGAAGGACGACGAGCGCUGGGUCGAGGAGGACGGCGAGCCGAUGAGCAAGAUCGACGGCGUUAUCGAGCUUGUGUGGAUUCCCUCCACAUGA